GUAAGAAGGCUUCAUCUCCAAAUAGGAUGACUAGCAGCUUUUGUGGGAGAACUGUGUUCGGUAGCUGCGAAUGGUUCGGGACGCUCCAUUGUUAGUUCUUGGACACCAUCUCGGUUCUGUGAAAGGAUUUAUUAAGAAUUGGGCUUUAAGUGGAUUCCACAUGGAUUUUUUCCAUACGAAGAGCAAAAGUGCGUGCAGGCACGGUCAGUAAGGGAAACGCGCAUAUUCUUCGGAGAUCUCCAAAAGUACCCCUACGCAUAUUUCGCUGAACAUUCAUUGAAAUUGCUACUCGUAUUAGAACUGCCACAAACAGCAUCAUAAAUGGAUUACUAACAGAAGACCUGGUGCUGUUCCUCCUAUUCCCGAGCGCUGUCCAUUCAUGAUCUGAAGGAAAAGAGAAGAAAAUAAUGCUGGGUUCCUCAUCCGAAACUCUCAUGCCAGCUUGUUCAAAAUCUUAAGGGCGACAUCAAGAAGUAAUCGAGGACCGAAUUGGGCGGAGCUACGAUGAGGUCUGCGGCCUUGCUGCUGUAUUUUACUCUACUGCAGUUUGUCGGGGCCGGCUUUCCAGAAGACUCGGAGCCAAUCAGCAUUUCGCAUGGCAACUAUACGAAGCAGUACCCGGCUUUCGUUGGCCACAAGCCCGGAAGAAACAGCACCCAGAGGCACCGAAUGGACAUCCAGCUGAUCGUGACCAUGAACCGGACUCUCUACAUCGCGGCCAGGGAUCACAUAUACGCGGUCGACAUGGACACGGCGAACACAGAGGAGAUCUUUUUCAGCAAGGUGAGCGUGGUGUGGAAACUAACAUGGAAGUCCAGGCAGCCGGACGUGGACACCUGCAGGAUGAAGGGGAAGCACAAGGAUGAAUGUCACAAUUUCAUCAAAGUCCUCCUCCAGCAAAACAACGACACCUUGUUUGUGUGCGGGACCAACGCGUUCAACCCCUCGUGUCAAACGUUCAAGAUGGACACCCUGGACGCCCUCAGCGAGGAGAUCAGCGGGAUGGCCCGCUGCCCGUACGACGCCAAGCACGCCAACGUGGCCCUUUUUGCUGAUGGAAAGCUCUACUCCGCCACGGUAACAGACUUCCUGGCCAUCGACGCUGUCAUCUAUCGCAGCCUGGGAGACAGCCCCACCUUGCGCACGGUCAAACACGACUCCAAAUGGCUCAAAGAGCCAUACUUUGUGCAAGCCGUGGACUAUGGUGACUUUAUCUACUUCUUCUUUCGGGAAAUUGCCAUGGAGUACAACACAAUGGGGAAGGUGGUGUUCCCGCGGGUGGCGAGGGUGUGUAAAAACGACAGGGGGGGCUCCCAGAGGGUCCUGGAGAAGCAGUGGACCUCCUUCCUGAAGACCCGGCUGAACUGCUCCAUCCCCGGCGACUCCCACUUCUACUUCAACAUCCUCCAGGCCGUCACCGACGUGAUCCACAUCAACGGGCGCGACGUCGUCAUGGCAACCUUCUCCACACCUUACAACAGCAUUCCCGGCUCGGCGGUGUGCGCCUACGACAUGGCCGAGGUCGCCCUGGCCUUCACCGGCCGCUUCAAGGAGCAGAAGUCGCCGGACUCCACGUGGACGCCCGUCCCUGAGGACAGGGUGCCAAAACCGAGGCCCGGAUCUUGUGCCAGCACGGCGUCCACGGAGAGGUACAAAGUCUCCAAUGAGUUUCCAGACGACACUUUGAACUUCAUCAAGAUGCACCCGCUGAUGGACGAGGCUGUGCCCUCCAUCAACAGCCGUCCCUGGUUCCUGAAGACCAUGGUGCGGUACCGCCUGACGCGCAUCGCCGUGGACACGGCGGCCGGGCCCCAGCGGAACCACACCGUGGUCUUCCUGGGCUCGGAGAAAGGCAUCAUCCUGAAGUUCCUGGCCCGCAUGAGCGCCGGCAUCCUCAACGACAGCCUCUUCCUGGAGGAGCUCAGCGUCUUCAACCCCGAGAAGUGCAGCGUGGACGGCGUGGAGGACAAGCGCAUCGUCAGCAUGCAGAUCGACAGCCAGGGCCGCGCCCUGUUCGUGGCGUUCACCUCCUGCGUGGUCAGAGUGCCGCUGUCUCGCUGCGAACGGCACGGGAGAUGCAAAAAGUCCUGCAUCGCGUCUCGGGACCCCUACUGCGGCUGGGUGGCGGAGGGCGCGUGCCGGGAGGUCAGCCCGGACACCAAAUCGGCGUUCGAGCAGGACGUGGAGCACGGCAACACAGAUGGACUGGGCGACUGCCAAAAUUCCUUUGUGGCGCUAAAUGGCCGCUCCACCUCCCCCUCACACACCACCGCCCGUCCCCCCGAGCGGGGACCCCUGGGCCACGGCCGCAUGGUGGAGCAGAAGGAGCCCCUGCUGCCCGUCGAUAAGAAGGACCCCUAUAUGGCGGUGCCCUCCCACACCCAGCAGGACGCCGAUGGGGUUAUCCGGGAGAGCUACCAGAAGGGCCGCGACCAGCUGGUCCCGGUCACCCUCCUGGCCAUCGCCGUCAUCCUGGCCUUCGCCAUGGGCGCCAUCUUCUCCGGCAUCAUCGUGUACUGCGUGUGCGACCACCGGCGGCGCGACCUGGAGCUGACCGGCCGCAAGGACAAGGACGCGGCCCAGUCCCACCGCGGCUCCAUGAACAGCGUGACCAAGCUGACCGGCCUGUUCGAGACGCAGGCCAAGGACGGGCGCCCCGAGGCCGUCCUCACCCCGCUCAUGCACGGCGGCCGCGGCGGCUCGGCCAACGCCAAGAUGCUCAUCAAGGCCGACCAGCACCACCUGGACCUGGCCGCCCUGCCCACGCCCGAGACCACCCCCAUGCAGCCGCGCCGCAAGCCCAGCCGCGGGAGCCGCGAGUGGGAGAGGAACCAGAACCUGAUCAACGCCUGCACCAAGGACCUGCCGCCCAUGGGCUCCCCGGUCAUCCCCACCGACCUGCCCCUGCGGGCCUCGCCCGGGCACAUCCCCAGCGUGGUGGUGCUGCCGCUGCCCCAGCACCAGCAGGCCUACCAGCACGAGUACGUGGAGCAGCCGCACCGCCCCGACCUGGGCCCCAGGGGCCCGGACGACCAGGGGGCCACGCUGGAGUACAAGUCCCUGAAGAGCCCCUGCCACGGCCACGGCCUGGGCCUGGCGGAGAAGGACAGCGUGCCGCCCCGCGUGCCCCAGAGGGAGGCCUCGCUGGCCAUGCCCGCCCCCGUGCCCCAGAUGGGCAAGAGGCUGGAGGUGCACUCCUCCAUGUACGGGCACGAGUACAAGAGGGGCUACCCGCUGAGCUCCCAGCAGAAAGGCUCGGCCCUCAAAAAGCACAACACCAACUCCUCCAACUCCUCGCACCUGUCCCGGAACCACAGCUUCACCCGCGUGGAGAACCCGCCGCCCGCCCCACAGAGGGUGGACUCCAUGCACAUGGCAGGCCAGCCGGCCCUGUCCCGACAGCCCAGCCUGAGCUCCUACGGGUCCCUGCCCCGGACCGGGGCCAAGCACCUAAAACCCGACGUGCCGCCCAAGCCCUCCUUAGUCUCCUUCUCCACAAACAUGAAGUCGAGCGACUCGUGCACAUAAUCGUCCCGCGGGGGGGGAAGGGAAACAGAAAAACACGACUGCAUCUACUUUGUUUCUUGUCGGUGUACAGCAAAUGCAACACACUUAAAAAGAUGUUUUUUUUAUAUAUCUAUACGGAACGGUUGUUGUCAAGCUCAGGCUGUUGAAUCUUGGUUCCUGGAACAAAAAAAAAAAAAGUGGAAUAUUUGCUCUUGAAAAGAAACAAAAUGACUUUCGUCAAUCUUUCAUCAAAAAAGCAAAGUCAUUCUUGUAGCAUUCUGAAAGACGGCUGUGUCAGACUUGAGAGUGACAUGGUGACUCGAGGGAUGUUUUAUUUUGACUUUUUUUUUUGUAAACAGGCUGCCAAAAGCACAUUUCAGUGGUGAAAGUGGGAAUCGCUGAUGGAACGUGGAGGCUGGGUGGAGGACUAAACAAGCACUUGGGCACGUUGUUCUCAGACUGCAACACUGGCUGGGGUUGACUUUGUGUAGACGACUGUGAAAAUGCCGCUCAGUGUUACAGCUGCCAGCCACUGCAAUCAAGUUCUUUUUCGGUUAGGCCUUGGCCCGAAAAAAAAUCUGCUACUGUACUGGUUACUGGAUAACAUGUGACUGUUAUUACUAAUAGCUCAUUGUAUUUAUUAUUUAAUAAGUGCUUUUGGGGAAAAGAAAGAGAAGACUUUUUUUUAGGCUCAGAAAAAGAAACAGUUAAUAUGAAUUAAUCGAGUGUGAAUUUAUUUAAAGUCAUAAAACUGGAGCCAGUCAUUUUCUUUUUUGUGUUUGUUUUUUUUGUGUUUUUUUUUGUCAAAUUGGUGCGCUGACUGUGUAGGACCUCAGCUUUUGAAGCUUGGGAGAAGCGUGACCUCCAGUUGGGAGUGGGGGGGGGGGGGGCAGGGGGGAAUAUUUAUUUACCUGUGCCAGGUAGCUCUGGAGCAGAGCUGGGACGUUCAAGGAGUUGACGGUCCCGUGAGGGAAGCAUCCGGAACAACGCACGCAACUCUUUCGACCUCAUCGACAUCUCUCCUCGGUCUUUCUGCACUGUUAGUGCCAGUAGCCUCUCGUCCCAGAGAGCUGCUAGUCCACCGCCGGCCAAUCUAGGUUCACUUUUCUUGCAUGUAAAAAUGCAAAGGGAAAAAAUGGAAAUAAAAAAUAUCACACAGAAACGAGAAAACGUGCCGCGGUUAACUUCGCUGCCAGGUUUGUGGAAAGUAUCAUGUUUGCCAGAUAUUUUUUAAAAAAGCUAUCAUCUCUCGUCUUUUCACGUGGGCCUUUCAUGGGAAUCCAUCUGUUAAUAGCCUGUUUAUCUUCCACAUGUAAAUGUGUGCCUUACACCCAAAGUAGUGGUUUCUUUAGCUGUUAAUUAUGUUUCCCGGUAGAUUUUAUGAAGAGAUAUUUCCCCUCGUCAAGGCAAAUAAAGAAUGUAGGUGUUCUUGUUGUAACUCUGGUCACUAGGAUUAUUUGGAAGGCGGGAAGGGGUUGGAGGGCGGUGACCCCUUGUUCUUUUUUUUUGUGGUUCAGUUUUUUUUUUUUUUUUAUUGUGCCAACGAUGCGCUUGAAGAAAUCCUUUUCCGUUGUGCUGGCAGUGUCGACAAUGUUGUGGGUGUUUGUUUUUUAAUCCAUCAAGUCCUGAUAUUAUUUUUUGCUCUCAUCUUUUGCUGUUCGAUAGAGUGAUUACUGUACGUUUCUGCAAAGGCCUCCUUGUGUUCGACAGAUGCACUGCAAUAACAAACCACAAUUUUAUCGGCCACGCCACGGUAUACUGAUGAGAAGCCGGCUUUAUAGUGUAAAUGAUAAAACUCGAUUUCUAGGCAGUUAAAUAAAAGAUGCAGGCUGGUUCCUGCAGUAACAAAAACCUCCUCGAAUAAAAUUAGGCAAAGAUAUUUUCAAGAUAUUUAAAAACCAAGUUUCAGCAAUUGAAACAGAUUAGUAUGAUUAAUCUAUUAACUCUCUAUAUCGAUGUGUUACACAUGAGGGUUUUAUCGACUGAUUUUUUGUUUAUUUGUGGAUUUUUUACAUGAUAUUUCACGUGACGUUUUUUCACCAUUGCUCCCAAAUGGACAGACUGCUCACACAGUUGUCUUUCUGUAGAGAGGCGAAUAUCGAACCCUUUGGCAGGUUUCUAAUAAUAAAUGAGAGAAGCAAGAUAUUACCUGUCACCAUGCAGCCAAUGUGAAAUUAACACAGGAUUUCCCCCCCCUGGUUUCAAUAAAGGAGUUAAUUGUGUUUCUUUAACCGAAUUGUACAUAGACGCUUGUAGGGUUUUGAGUGCAAUGACUGUGUCAUGCAUCCGAAUAUACCUAGUAAAGGGACAUUCGUUCCAGUUCCUUUCGUUUCAGUAGUGCAGAUGGCAUCUACGCCCCCAGUUCGGGUGGCGUCUGUUGACCGUGGGCUGUUUUGGUGUGCCUUUGUCUUUCACCCUUGCUAUACACUGCUAGAUGCAACCGAGUCAAACUCUCAAAAUCGUUUCUAAUUUGUAAGCUUGUAAAAUAUUGUGACGUCACAAGGUUUUUUGCCCUUCACUUCUUUAACAUCUGAUUCACAGCUAAAUGUAUGUUGUAAAGAAAUUCUCUUUAAUAAAUGAAAAAAAAUGUAAUAAAAACAAGAACUAAG